GACUGACAUACAGGGGAUAUAGUGCGCCUGCUGCAUGACGCUUUUCCGGUGUGAGCACCGACGUGGGAACAGAACGGAACGUCUCCGUCCUGUGCAUGUUUCCGCAGGGAAGGGUUUCCUGGGCGCACGGGAGCUGUCCUGAAAAUCAUAUUUGUGGGAAGCAUGGAGACCACACUGAAACGUUUAUAUGUUGGUGGAAUCGGUCACACUGUCACUGAUGCAGAACUUGUUGACAGAUUUGGUAAAUUUGGUAAGGUGGAUGAUGUGGACAUCAUUUCCAGGAAAGAUGAACAAGGAAACCCCAUAAAGACCUUUGCAUACCUGAACAUCAACAUUUCAGAUACGGACCUGAAAAAAUGUGUAUCUAUACUAAACAAAGCAAAGUGGAAGGGAGGAGUAUUACAAAUUGAAAUGGCCAAAGAAAGUUUCUUACACAGAUUGUCACAAGAGAGACAAGCAGCCAAAGAGAAGGGGGAACCUAAAUUACAAAGUGAUUUGCGGCAUGACAUGAUGCAGUCCCUACAGAAAGCUGGGGUAACAGAUUUCCAGAUGAAGGCUGCUGUACCAGGCACUGAAGUACCAAAUCAUAAGAAUUGGGUGGUCAGCAAGUAUGGGAGAGUGCUGCCUGUUGUGCAUUUGAAGGGAAGCAAACAAAGCAAGAUCAUGAAAUGUGAUCCCUCAAAGUAUUGCCACAACAUAAAAAUAUUAGAUGACAAAGCCCUUGAGCCGACUCCUGUAUCCCAGCUGACUUGGCAUCUGGAAGAGGGCGAUGAUGAGAUGAGUAGAAAACGCAGGGGAGAAUUUCCAGCCUUUAAGAGUCCAAAGAAGAAGAAGAAAAUAAAAGGGCAUACAUAUCCAGAUACACCGGAAAAUACAGAGAAAUAUGCAAGAACGCCACAAUUCUCGGCCCGGGCUAACAAAGAGGACAUGUUGAAGUCACCGCACACCAGAGAGCCUCCCAAGAUGAAAAACCAUCUGCGCUUGCGGGAGCGGAGUGUGAAUAGCAUGUCUGAUGAGGAGUAUGACUCUGAGGAAGAACUCAAAGCUGUUCUAGAAAGGGAGAAAUCCGCAAAACAGGGUGAAAAAUAUUCUGAAGAUUCCAAUAUAGAAGUGGUGACGGACUCUUUCAAGAUGAGUUAUAAAACUCACUGGGCAGAAGGGAAGGAGGGGAAAUCCAACUGUAGUACGCAGGAUGACUGGGACUCUGCGGAUACUGAUGAGAUCAUCACUGUCGCAAAAACUGCCCAGAACUGCAACAGUGUCAGUAAGAAGACAAAAAGUAAGACUCUUGGAAAUGAGAAGAUGGCCAUUCCCCUAAAAAAGCAAAAUGGUAAAUUGGGGUCCACAAAUACCCAUAGCCCAAAAGACAUAAAGAAACUGAAAGAAGCAAUAGUUAGUGAAUCAGACAGUCUGAGUAAUGACUCCGGAUCAGACAGCAGUGAUUCUUUUACAGAUGAGGAAUACGAGUCCAUGAUUAAGAACUGCUAUCGAAUAGAUCUGUCAAUAGGAGAUUUGGAGGCACUGUCAAAAGAAGCCAAUGAUAGUGAUAAUGAAGAUGAAAAUAGUGAACAUGACUGUUACUCUGACAACACUGAUAAUAUCAUAGCGAGUACAAAACAUGUCCAGCGUGGCUCUGAUGUUGUUAUAAAGACAAUAGCUGAUACUUUACAAUCUGAAAAACUUUCUGCUCAAAAGAAAAAAAUAAAUAGCAAGCAGGACUCUAAAGAUAUCGGUGCAAUAAAGAAUAAACAGAAGUCUGAAGAUGUAAAUAGGAGAGAUCUAGAAUCCGGUAACUGUAGACACAACUCAGACAGCAUUAAUUCCUGCUCCGAUAUAUCCGAAUACAAAUCCAUGAAGCCAAACUACCAUCUGGAAAAUCCUAAAGUGGCAUCAGCAAAAACAAUUAUGGAGUCAUCUACAACUGACAACAAAACUGAAGGUGGAAAAGUAAAGACCACAGGAUGUGAUCAUAUUAAUAGUGACUCUGUAACGCAAACUGUUAAAACCUUGAAGAAAAAGAAAGGUAUUGAGCCAGGAGACAUUGUGGCUUCCAUAUUAGAAGAUGACGAUAGCUCCAGUGAACAACCAAAGCAGAAAAAAAGGAAAGGUAUGCCAAUCAAACCACCAGCAUUUAAAGGGCUGGGAUCUCUGUUGUCCCCAGCAACCUCUAAUGAGCUUAAAACCUCCAUGUGUCCAUUGUCCAACUCUUCCAGGAAGUAUUGUGCUCAGGCUAGAGCUGUUGUGCAGGUCAGCAAUGAGAAGAAUGCAUGUGUUGGUGAAGAUAAACGGGCAGUAAAGCCUGUUUCAGACUCCAAAGGGAAUAGUGUACAGGAACCAUCUAAAGUUCUCAAGAAGAAGCUACUUAAAGUGAAGCCCAAAAGGGCUAGUAGCAGCAGUGAUGAAUCUAGCAGUGAUGAGGAGUCCACCUCUUCCACAUCAGCAGCUGCCAAAUCUAAUGUCUCCCAGAGCACCAGCACAGUGCAAAAGACCAGUUCAAAAGCCAAACAGCUGCAGGACAAUCAGAAGCGUUUAGCAGCAAUGGAGGAAAGGAGAAAAGAGCGAGAGCUGCAGAAACAGACCAUCCAAGGAGCUCUGCUUCAGCUGGAUUCCCACUCCUCAAGGAAAAGUCAGCACAUUGUGUUUAAUUCUGAGUCAGAGACGGAAAGUGAGAAGGAAGAGAAAGCAAAAGCCAAAAGAAGCACGCACAGCGACGAAAAGGCAAAACCUGUAAAAGCUAAACUAUUUGAAAGCAGUGGUGAAGAGUCUGACGAUGAAGAUGAGGAAAGAUUUCAAAUCAAAGCUCAGUAUGAAGGAAGGUCCGGUGAGAAGCUCAUGCAGUUGCAGUCCCGCUUUGGAACUGAUGAACGAUUCAAAAUGAACUCAAUGUUCUUAGAGAGCAGCAGUGAGGAUGAGGAGGACGCAGAAGAGCUGCAGAAAUCACAGGCAGAUGUUGAAGUUAAUGAUCUUUCAGUAGAGAAAAAGAAAAACCUGGACAUCCUGCAAAGUGUCCUGAACAUUAACCUGGAGUCAAAGCCAUUGAGCAAGAAGGCAGCCAAAGCGAAAGAGUUCAAGGAUCUGAAUGCCCUUCAAUAUGAUCCCUCAAAGGAGGGCCAUGCAGUGCUUGAAACAAGAGUAGAGGAAGAGAAAAAAGAAAGCAAAUCUGAGAGAAAGAAAAAACGCCUGGAAGCAGAAAAGCUACCUGAGGUCUCCAAGGAAACCUACCAUGAAGUGGCCAUAGACUUAAAAGAGGCAUUUGGAACAUCAAAGUCUGAAGCAACAGCAACCGCGUGGGACCAAGAGGAGGAAUCGGCGAGGAUGGAAGCUGAGCGCUCAAUUGCAAACACAGCUUUUAGCUUUCAAAAGGCUGAGGAGCCUGGGGGAUUCACAUUUUCCUUCUUCGGGACUAGUGCCGAGGAGAGUGUGUCUCAAGAGGAACCCUACAAGACUGAGACUAUUAAACCAGCAAAAGUGGUGUGGCAGGAAGACCCUAGAUUCCAGGACAGCAGCUCUGAAGAAGAGGAGGACACUACUCUGACUGCUGACAUAAAAACAAACACUUUACCGAAGAUAAGUAGCAGCAUCAAAUUUUUCUUUUUUGUGAAAGACGAUGAGCGUUUAAAAGUGGGUCCAAAGAUGUUCUUCAGAUCAUCAAAAACUGAGGAAGAUGAGGAGUUCUGGGAGCAGAGGCAAGAGUCCCUGUUGGAGGAAUGCAGGAAAAGGCACAAAGAUGCGAAGAGGAAAAUAAAAUCAAAUCCGUAAAACUCAUCAGUAGUCCUCAUGUGGGAUUAUGUGCUCCUGUGAGCGGAGUGAUAUGGAGCCAUGAAACUGCUUCCUGUGGAAGAAAUAAUUCAAGAACCAGUCAUUCUCAGUUAUUACAACAACUAUAUUUAUAUAAACAGCAAAUUCACAAUAAAUGUAAAAAUUAAAAAAAUA